GUCAAAAACCGCUAGUGUUAAAAAUAGUUAAAAAUAAUUAUUCUUUGAACCAGUAAUUGGUAUAUUAUUAAUUGAAUUGUUUAUUUAUUUCUGCCAAUUUCUGUAUUUGCCUUCUGUCAUCUAUAAAGUGUUAUUUACUACAAACUUAAAAUACCAAUCUUUUCAAAAAAUGAAUAUCAGCAAAAAAAUUGAAGAAGGUUUGGAGCAUAUAAGAGUGGCUGAAAAAAACUUAAAAACAUCAUUUCUGAAAUGGCGCCCCGACUAUGAACUUGCUGCUGAAGAAUAUAACAAGGCUGCGACAUGUUUCCGAAAUGCAAAGUCCUUUGAACAAUGUAAGGAAUGUUUACUGAAGGCCUCUGAUUGUCACAAGCAAAAUAGAUCUUUUGUUUACUUACAGAUGCAAGACAGUGUGAGGCAAUCAGCAGAAUAUAUGAGCAAAGUAUCCAGAUUGCAUGUGAAACUUAAACAAUAUGAUUUAGCAGCAGAUGCAAUACGUAGAGAAAUUGGUUUGCUACAACAAACUGAGUCUUAUCAAGCAACUGGUAGAUUGGCUGUUGCUUUAGUACUUGUCCAAUUAGCCAGAGAGGAUGUUGUGGCUGCGGAGAAAGCAUUUAAGGAAUGGGGAAAUUACUGCGAAGGCCCCGAAGUGCAAACAUUGGAAAUGCUUUUACAAGCAUAUGAUGACGAAGACCCCGAUGUUGCAAAAAAGGCCUUAAAUAAUCCGUUUAUCAAACAUAUGGACGUUGAGUAUGCAAUUCUUGCAAGGGAUUUAAAAUUACCUGAAGGAAUUAGUUGUCCUCCUAAAGCAACCGUUCGUGAAAACGCAGCUCCCUCUUAUGUUUCUCCUAAUUUGCAAACUACUGCCACUAUAGAGGAACAUACCCCCGAAGAAGUAGAAACAAGACAAAUUACUGAUAAUUUAAAACCAGGUAAUGAUGAAGAAGAGUUUGAAGGUAGUUUAUGUUAAAUCAACUAAAUAAAAGAAGUAAUUGUAAUUAACAAAUAAACUACCCCACCCAGGAAGCUAGCAAAGCGCAAGUACUUAAAUGCUACAUUAAAACGUUACAUUCCAUAAAAAGUUAUUAGUUAUAAUUGAUGAAAUCUAACUGAACUUUUAUGCUUUAACAGUUUAAAAACAGAUUUCUUAGUUUAUGAGCCAUAUUAAAUGAUUAUAAACAGGUAGCAAUAAGAAAAGUUUUUUUUUUCAAAUCUGCACUAUCUUUGCAAAUGUGCAUAAGGUUUUUGUUCGAACGAGUUUAAAUUUGAUUUCAAUCUUCACCUAUAUUAUUGAUGUUUAAUGGUAUUGAAUUGACUUAUCAUUAAUGUACUUUCGACCUUUUCGAAUAUGAGCACAUGGUAUCUAAUAAAGUUUUAUUGAAAGUUAUAAAACAAAAAAUCAUUACCUUCUAAUUUGUUAACUCUUCAUUGGUCGCAUAUCAUUUUAUCCCGCCAUUGGUUGCACGUACGGAUUUAUUCUAAUACUAAUUUUUGCACUAAGUUAUGUCGAUUCCGAAAAAAUCAUGUGGGAAUGGUUGCGUCGUUAGAUUAAAACUAUUAUAAAUACAUGAGCUAGCCAUAAUUCUGUCACUCCUAUGAGGCAUUGCUAGAAUAUAGGGAAAUUCAUUCAUUUUUAGUGAAGUCUUACGGGAUAAAAUUUUGUUCGAUUUCUUCUAACAGCGCGACCGAUGGAGGGAAUAAGUACUUUUGGAGAGCUAAAAAUUUUGUUACCAGUUUACCAUCAUUAAACAAGGCUUAAUAAUCAUUUGGGGACACUGAUUCAAAAACACUAAAAUUCUUAGAAGUAGCCCAUAUUUAAGUUGAAUUAACGUUUUUUAUUUUUAUGCAAUUUAAAAGAAAAGCCUUUGUAAUGAGUCUUUUAAUCUUAUGUAUCCUCAUAUAUAAAUCGUUCUUAUUCAAUUUUUACCCAUUAAAAUAAAACUACUUAUAUAAGUAUGUGUAGGAAAAUCAUUAUAGUGAUGAAUGAACUUGUUGUACUUAUACGUAUUCCUAAGGCUCAAUUGCAAAGAUAAAAAAUUAAAAUAUCUGAUAAAGCCAAAAAGAUAUAUACAGAUGUUUGUCAUUUAGUUAGAACACUGUUAAAUAUUUUUAACAUUUUACUUGCAGCAAAUUUUAUAUUUAUUUGUUAAUACCAUGUUUUGCUGUUUAAUCGCUUUUUGUACUAUUUGGAGAUGUAUAUAAUUAUUGGCAUUGUUUAAUCUGAAUCUAGUCAAUAAAGAUUUUAAUGCA